AUGAUUGCUUCAAUUUCUUCUCUUUUACUUCUUCUCCUUGUUGUCCUCGCUUUCGUCGCUGUCGUCGAUGCUCAAUGGGGAUACGGUAAGUCAGAAAAUCUAUAUUUUGAGAACAAAAUAUGAAUAUAUUAUUUUUUAGGUCCAUAUGGUGGAUAUGGUGGAUACGGAGGAGGAUAUGGAUAUGGCCGACCAUGGAGAAGACCAUUCUAUGGAGGAUACAGACCAUACGGUGGAUACGGUGGAUAUGGAUGGGGAAAAUAG